GUCCCCCUCGCUCGGCGGCUUCCUCUCGUCGGUUCUUCAUCCCCCUAUUUGCCUGCUAUCUCUCAGAAUCUCAAAUCCCUUCCAUCUUGACUUGAUUUCGUCUCCACCCAUUCCACCAAAUUUUCUUCCGACCCAAUUUCCGGCGAGUGCCGAGGCUUUGCUUUCCCUCUUCCCUCAUUUGUGGCUUCCUGUGAUCGUCUACUUUACACCGAUUGCACCGUCAGUGUUGCUCUGCAACAGAGUAAACAUGUGAAGGGAAGAAAGAAAAGCAAAGGAAUCGGGACCGGCUCUUUGCCCUAGUUUCUCCCUUCGUCGUGUAAAGUGUUGGGUGGGUUAGAAGAAAUUGUGAAUUUACCCGAGUUUCUGACGGAGAGCUUUCAUGUCCGACCCGCCGAACGACGGUGACAGCGUCAUAUGGCUAUGGCUCAUCGAGUAUCUAGCAAGCUUCUCGGAGACAGACGCUUCGCUUCUCCAUCAAUUGAUAGAGCAAGCACCAGCUUCCUCCACUGAUUUCAGAAGCGCUAGGGAAAGGGUUGCUCUAAGGUGCUUGGAGGACUUGUAUGCUAGCACAAAUGCUGUUGCUAAUGGGGCUCCAUCUGCUUCAGAGCCUAAGGUGGUAAUCGAUUUGUCCAACAGCUGUGAAGAUGUGAUCCAAACAAUAUUGCAGGAGAUAUCGAUUUCGGAUUUGGAAAAGGGUGGACCAGAGCUGUUGAAAUGGGAUAUUCAGCCUUUCAUUAUGCACAAGAAAGCUUCCAUGCCUAAAUGUGCUUUAGAGCAGAUAAAAGAGACAAUCGCUGAAGGUUCCGACUCAAGUGCUACUUUGUUGGCCAAAUUUAGUGGGUUGCUGCGUGAAAAGGAAGAUGGUAAUAAAACUAUUAUGGAUGAACAUCAAUUUGAGGGGAACAGGAGGAUCGACAAUCAAAGUGAGAUGUCAACAGGGAAGUCAAUUUCUCAGUCCCGAGGAAAUGAGCAAGGAGCACAAGAGGAAGAUUUGCACGACUGCAAUAUGUUAUCAUCCAAAGGUGAUGAAGUUGAUAAUAACCAUGGUGCAGCGUCUUUGGGUGAGCAAGGACAUUCUCAUAAUGGUGAUAAUCAACUAGUAAAUAAUGAGAGAUUUCAGCAGGACACAUUACACGGUAAUAUGGACUGUGAUAACAAUUUGGUGAAAGACACUUGCAAAGGUAAGGUUCAGAUAACUGCAAAAGAAAAUUGUCAUUCGGAAAUGGAAUCUCUAAGGGGAGUUGAGGGGCGUGAAAAUUCAAGUAAUGCUGGCAAUAUUUCUGCCGAGACAUCCGGUCAGUGUAUUCAGGCUCCCUCGGACGAUAGACAGGAGGACAAUCGAUGUGAGGCUGAUUGUUAUAUCAACAAAAUGUCACAAGGUAAAUCAGAUAUGCUUCAAGAAAUGAUUGUUAAUGAUGAAGCUAAUGAGUCUGAACCUAGAAUACCAAGUGACACAGCCCUGAAGGAAUGUCACCAAGAUGUCUCUUGUGAUGACCACAAUGGUGGAACUAGUCGUGAUGAAGAGCCAAAAUUAGGUGAUGGUCUAAUAGUGAGUGGAUUGACCAGGAGUUGUAAUGUCGAGGAGGAAAAUGGACAUCUAUCCAAAGAAUCCCCACAAAGAGAUACUGGUAAAUGUGCCCACAAGAGAGUUAAUGAUGACACAAUGAAAAGCAAUCCUCUGAACUCGCAAGGUCUGCUGAGUAAGGAGUUUAUGGCUGCAGCAGAUUUUUCAGGGUUAAAUCUCUGUUUGAAAUGUAGCAAAAAUGGCCAGUUGUUGUGUUGUGGUACAGAUGGUUGCCCUUUGGCGAUUCAUGAAAGCUGCUUGGGUUUUACACCAAGUUCGGAUAAUGGAGGACAAUUCUGCUGCCCCUUUUGUGCAUAUUCUCUUGCCAUUUCAGACUACAAGAAAGCUAAGGAAAGGGCAUCUGUGAUGUUGAAGCAACUAAGUGCAUUUCUUCAUGAAGGUCCAGAGAAUCCAUCAAUUGAACAUUCUAAGAGCUCUUCUGAAGAUGGGAUUAGGAAUCCAGGGAAGAGAGAAGGCAAUCAAGCAAAUAAUGGAGAAGAUGUCGAUCAAGGCAAUGACUACCAAUUUCAGAACAGAACAGAUAGUGUACAACUUGAGUCUGUGCCUGCCCACUGUGUCAGCAAUCACCCUACUAGUGAACAGGAUCCAGUGGAUUCUCUUUGCGUUUCAAGAGGUAUUUCGGAAAGUGAGAUCAAAGGAACAACGCAAGCUUGCCCAUCAGUAAAAGUACCUGAUAGAAAGCAGGACCUAGAUCUUCCCGAGCCCCCAUGCCGUGGUAAUAAUAUAUCACGUGAAAAGAAAGAUGUGAAUUCGGAAGAAUCGGGGCAAGCUAAAGGACUAACUGAGAAGGAAGUUCCAAAAAAAAUUCUAGAGCACAAACUUGUGAUGCCUAUUCGUGCUGUCCCGAUGGGUAGAAGAGCCUCGAAAAAUGAAAAUGAUAAAACUAUGAGCCCUAACCAAUCCUUGAUUUUGAGGAAGAGAAAAAGGAAGGAUGCGGUUUCUUCACCAAGACGACAGGCAGUUAAAUGGACAGCACAGGAAGAAAAGAAGCUAAAGGAAGGGGUAGAGAAAUUUUCCAACAAGGGAAAUAUUCCAUGGAAGUCCAUAUUAGAGUAUGGGAAGUCUAUUUUUGGUGAUAUUCGCAACCCAGAGGACCUUAGGAGUAAAUGGAAGAAAAUGUGUAAAGGACAGUAACAGUCAUCAGCCAGCCUGUUGGAAAUUCCUGAGAUAGAUCUCAUCAUGAUUAUUGCGGAAGCUAAAGUGCCACCUCGAUAUCCACAUUUGUUAACUUCUGUAGCUUGAAGGGGUUUAUACUAAGAGAAUCUGAGCCCGGAAGAAGCUGUUUUCCUUUUAAUUUGAUGAAGGAUUAGCUUUUCCCUCGUGUGGUUGCUUUUCUUUUCUUAUGCAUACAGGCUGAUGUAAGUUCUACCAUCCCUAAACUCCACUGCAGGUUGGUCAAGGAUAUGUUUGUGGUUUCUGCAGUUCAAUAAGCUUUUUUAAUGGGAAAACUCCGGGAGAUGUUUGGAAAGCUGACAAUACUUCUGGGGAUCUAUGAGAUCGUCCCUUUUCCUUCUCAGAUCAAUAUGUACAAAUUUGCAGGUUUUCAUUUGUGAUCAAUCCUUCUUUGCUUGGUCAGUAGAGGUAGAGAUGCUAUACAGGAAUAUGAUCCAAGUUCUCGCUUCAGUAAUGGUUUGAUGGGUAGGAGGCUUUUUGACCAAUUUAUUUGACAGCAGUAGUAAGGAUAUUGCCACUGUACGUUGAGUCUGUGUAUAGUGCUAGUUGGAUAAGCAGGCAUUGCAACAGGAACAUGUGAAUGUUUGAAUGCACGGACACUAACUUGUGUAUUUAUCAUCCAUACCAUGGUAACCGGUAAGGCUGCGAUUGAGUCUCGAACUAUGGUAUCUCUUGUCACUCUUUUGAGAUGGAUGAACGGUACUACCAUUAGUUUUGAACUUAAAAAAAUCUCACGAAUAAGAGAUGCAUAAGUUUGUC